AUGAAGAAAUUAGUGAGCGAUGUGACACAGUACUUAACUGAAAAUGAUGCAGAUGGAUUUGAUAUUGACUGGGAAUUUCCGGUCUGGAGCCGCGAUGCACAGCCAACAGACAAGAAGGCUUUCGCUCUUCUCAUUAAAUUAUUUUUCUACACGAGUGAUAUUUGUGUUAAAAGUUUUCAGGAAAUGCGGGAAGCUUUUGAUAAAGCAAAAGCUGGCCUUUUGCUUACUGCGGCUGUUGCAGCACCCUUUACAGUCGUCGACAAAGCCUACGAUAUCGAUGCAUUCAACAAGUUAUCAUUUGCCUUUGCUGUGCAGAAAACACUUUUCCGCAUUCUCACUGUAGUGUAA